AGGAGAGUGGUUAUCUGACAUGAGAAAGAAAGAUUCAACUAUGCAAGUCCUGCACAAAGAGGGGAUGCGGAGUGAAACAUUAACAUGGCCUUUUCUUAUUCAUUGCAUUUGGCUUGGAGUGAUGGGAGUUGAUGCCUCGUCAUGGACUGCUGAGGUGCCCAGCUCAGUAUCCGGCCUGCAGGGCUCAUGCAUCGUGAUUCCCUGCUCAUUCAACUACCCAGAACCAGAGGAAAAGCCCUCCGAAUUCACUGGCAUCUGGUUCAAAGACACCCAUGAUACUAUAUACCACCCAGACAGCUCCAACAUCAUCAAAGACUACAGGGGUCGUACAGAGCUGGUGGGAGACCUCCGGCAGAAGAACUGCUCUCUCAGAAUCGACCCCCUCCAUCGCAGUGACGAUGGACCCUUUCAUUUCAGGGUUGAAAUCAAAGACCAAAACAAGUAUUCCUACAAACAUGACACGGUCUCCAUUGCAGUGAGCAGCUCUCCAGACCCCCCCUCUCUGUCAGUGAUGGAGGAGGUGAAGUUGGGGGUGGAGCUGUCUGCCUCCUGCUCUGUGUCUCACUCCUGCCCAUCUGAUUCCCCUCUCCUCACCUGGAGCCACUCCGGAACACCCAGUGUCCAAUCACAGCAGCUGACCAACGGCCAGUGGAAAGUGUCAUCAUCCCUGACCUUUACCCCCAGCAUCACUGAUCACAACCAGUCUCUGGUCUGCACAGCAGCAUACAGGGGAGGGAAGACAGUGAAAAGGUCCAAAACUCUCAAUGUCAAAUAUGCCCCAGUGGAUGUGAAGGUUGAGGGAGUGUCCAGUGUGAAGGAAGGAGACUCUGUAGAGCUGAGAUGCUCCAGUGACAGUAACCCUGCAGCCCACAGCUACAGAUGGCAGAACAGCAGAGGACCUCUGCCCACCACGGGACCUACCAUCACACUGGAGAAUGUGACCAGACUCACUGAAGCCCUCUACUGCACUGCCAUCAACACAGAGGGACAAGGCCACUCCAGCUCACUGAAGCUCAAUGUAGAGUACCCCCCUGAGAUCAAAGUGGGCUCCGCCUGCACUUCAGACAUCUCCAUGGUAACCUGUCUGUGCAUUGUGGAUUCGGAGCCCCCCGCCACCGUGGAGUGGUCUCUUCCAGAUGGACCCCUGCCCAACCGGCCCAGUACCCGGGUGGAGAGGCAUGGGUCAAUUACUAUGGUGACCCUACAGAGGGCACUAGGCUUCUCCGAGACCGUCCACUGCCAUGCCAGCAACACACAGGGCAAUGCCACCUUGUCCUUCACUGUGUCCACAAAUGAUAAGAAGUUGAUGCUGUACGUUUCAAUUGGUAUUGCUGCAUUAGUGGUGGUAGUAAUACUAAUUCCCAUGUCAGCUUGCCUAUUGAACAAGAAGGGUAGGAGGAGUCGUAGUGACCAGCCAGUAACCAGCAAGCAGAACGUGGAUACAGCCAAGGGUGCUUUUUCACAUCCCUCACCAUCAAGGAAUGAGCAGAAAGACGCCAGCAGUGAAAUCCACACAAACUACUACACCAACGAUCACCUAUAUGGCAACAUGGAGGCUGAAGAGGAUGGCGACCCAUACGAGUGUGUUGGUGGAGACGAUGCAGUCUAUGCUAAUAUGUGAACACAACAGGAAGCAUGUUGGAGUCAGCUGGCCCAGAGGCCAUGGUACUAAGUCUGUCAAAGGUUCCAGUAAAAUAUUAACAUUUUAACUCAAUGUAGCAGAACAGCUGACUGCUUAUAUUUGUUAGCUUUAUGUAGCUCCAUGGUUCUAAAGGCUAAAGAAAAUGGCACAAUCUUAUUUGGGUUGUGGGUUUGUGUUAUGGCUUUUACAAGUAUUUUCUUUAAUGAUUUAUGGCUUAGGUGAUUCAGGCUCUUUGGUAUCACAUACACUUAUGUCAGUCUCAUUAAGACUGCAGAACUGUGUACAAGCUGAACUAUUAAUUACAGAACACCACCUAACACAUUAACUGGCAUGACAUUCCAUCUCAUGGGAAGCCAAAAAGCCUCAAAGUCUUCUAAUAGGCGGCCACCUCUACAAUGUAUUCAGUCAAAAUGCAUUUUUUUAUUGUACUUGACACAAACCAAAAGCAUAACAAAGGCACUAACAUGCAUUUAAAUGCGUUUAAAUUACUACAAAAAUGUCCAAAUUCAUGUCCCUCCAUGCACCCCCUGUGACUUCUAGAAAGAUUUGAACCCAGUAACCCCAAAAAUACUCAGUUUUCACCAUCACUGUAAAGCCCUAGUUAUUUUGUUGCUUUGAUGAAGUUAUUUCUGAAGAUUAUUAUUUAUUUUAUGUGAAAAGUGAUUCCUUUGUCUGUUACGUGAACUGAAC